UACGCGGUGGCUUCUCGGUGGGGCCUCGGGAUCUGAGUCUGGUUCUAGGAGUGUGGAGGAGGCCGAACUCGCCAUGGCAGCUGACGCCGGAGGCGUUUCUCCAGCAGCCCCGUCGCUGGUGGAUCGCUACUUCACCCGCUGGUACAAGGCCGAUGUUAAGGGAAAGCCGUGUGAGGAUCACUGUAUUUUGCAGCACUCUAACAGAAUCUGUGUAAUCACAUUGGCAGAAUCUCAUCCACUUCUUCAAAAUGGAAAAACAAUUAAGAGUAUUAACUACCAAAUUAGUGCCAACUGUAGUCGACUUCAGAACAAAGUUUCUGGGAAGUUUAAACGGGGGGCACAGUUUCUAACAGAACUUGCACCUCUUUGUAGGAUAUCCUGUUCAGAUGGAGAAGAAUAUACUGUGUCAAGCUGUGUGAGAGGACGGUUGAUGGAAGUAAAUGAAAAUAUUCUAGAUAAGCCAUCCAUUUUGCAGGAAAAGCCAUCCACUGAGGGAUAUAUUGCUGUUGUGCUGCCCAAAUUUGAAGAAAGCAAGAGCAUUACUGAGGGAUUAUUGACACAAAAAGAAUAUGAAGAAAUCGUGAUGAAACGAAUUAAUAACAGAUCAGAAACCUCUUGAAGACACAUGAAAUCAAAAGAAACACAUCUAUAUCUGUUAAAGGAACAACCAUUGUAGAGUAUAUGACUCAAGAAAGUAUUGACAGGAACAACCGUCUUUGGACUGUGGGAUGGCUCUCCUUCAGUUCCUGGCCAUUUUAGUAUCGGUGAACUUCGUUGGUCCAUCUUUGAUAUAUAAUACUUAGGUCAUCUCCCCACUCCCCCCCCAAGAUGUUAUCUGCCCAAGUAUAUCUAUUUCUCCCUAGCUCUUCUCAUUAACUCAAACACAACAUAAACAAGUGGGAAGCUGCAAAUACUUUCCCCCAAAUAUUUUGUUCUUAUUUUGGGUUCACUUUGGUGGAACAAAAGACCCUCUUAAGGCCUCCUCUUUCACCAGUUUCACCAGAACGUUUAUAUAAGUUAGUAUACUUUGCCCAAGGACACUUUGACUUCCUAAUCUGAGGAGUAGAGAUUGGGAGUGAGAGAAGGUAGAAACUAGGUGAACCUUUGGAAUGUGUGCUGGAGGGGGCUACUCCCCUCCCUCUCUCCACCAUGCCUGAGGACAUUUUUCAUAUCACCCAC